GUUGUUCAGCUUAAGCGGCGUAAAAUAGCACCGCUGGAACAUUUAGUACUCACGGUGGAAGAGGGCGGGCUUCCUCUCCGGCAGCGGCAGCGCACACGGCGCACAUAAAGCGCUACGGUUACAUGUUGCACUUGCCGGCAAAAUUUGUAUAAAGUUCCUUGCGGAUUAUACAGUCAAGCGCAUGAGACAGACGGGAGACAAAAGUGAAAUAUUGUCCACUACAGCCAUGUGUCCAGGGGAAAGGCACAUAUUAAAGCCACAAAAGAUCUACCCUUGAUGCUGCCACCCCAGCAACAAGAAAAGAUCUGGUUUAAUAAUGUUCAUUUCUCUAUUUCAUGGUGCUACAACAAGGUCGGUAUGUCUUGAGGAGAUGGCGAAAUUUGAGGAUGUGUGCCCAACUGCACAGUCUCCUAUUGCCCUCUUUUCCUCACAGGGAAUAGACAUCACACCAAACAAAGACCGGGGAGUGUGCAAGAUUGUGAAGCGACAUGGUACAGAGGGAGAGAAGCCUAUGAUUGGGGACAAGGUGCAUGUUCAAUACACUGGAAAAUUGCUUAAUGGGAAAAAGUUUGACUCCAGUUAUGACCACAAGGAACCUUUUGUCUUCAAUGUAGGCAAAGGUCAGGUGAUCAAAGCAUGGGAUAUUGGUGUGUGCUCCAUGCAGAAAGGAGAAGUGUGUCUGCUGAUGUGUAAGCCAGAAUAUGCCUAUGGCUCUGUUGGCAGCCCCCCAAAGAUCCCUCCAAAUUCUACACUAUUGUUUGAGGUAGAGCUGUUGAGCUUUAGAGGUGAGGAUCUUUCAGAGGAUGGUGGAAUCAUAAGGAGAAUAAAAGUCAAAGGUGAAGGCUACAACAAUCCCAAUGAUGGAGCCACAGUUCAUGUGCAUUUAGAAGGAAGUUGUUGUGGCCGUUUGUUCGAUUCACGGGAUGCCACAUUUGUGGUGGGAGAAUCUGAGGACAUAGGUAUUCCUCUGGGAGUCGAUCGGGCCAUGGAAAAGAUGCAGAAAGGGGAAUGCUGUCUAUUAUACUUAAAACCCAAAUAUGGCUAUGGUAAAGAAGGAAAACCAGAAUUGGAAAUUGGACCAAAUACAGAGCUUUUGUAUGAAGUGACGCUCAAAGAUUUUCAAAAGGCCAAAGAAUCCUGGGAAAUGGUCUUGAGUGAGAAACUAGAGCAAGCAGUUUUAGUCAAACAGAAAGGAACCCAGUACUUCAAGACUGGGCGAUACUACCAGGCUGUCAUUCAGUAUCAGCGUAUUGUAACAUGGCUUGAAAUGGAGUGUGGAGUUGGAAAGGAGCAACAGCAGGCCAUUCAGGACCUCCUGCUUGUGGCCAAUUUAAACCUGGCUCUGUGUUACCUACGCUUGCGUGAAUAUUCUCAAGCUGUGGAAAGCUGUAACAAGGUGGUAGAGCUAGACUCUGCAAAUGAGAAGGCACUGUAUCGGCGUGGAGAGGCUCGCCUGUUGAAGAAUGAAUUCAGUCUGGCCCUUGUGGACUUCCGGCAAGUUCUGCAUGUCAAUCCCAGCAACCGUGCAGCCCGUUGCCAGAUUGCGGUCUGCCAACGCAAGAUACGUGAACACCAUGAGCGUGAUAAAAAGAUCUAUGCAAACAUGUUCCAGAGGUUUGCUGAACAUGAUGCCAAGGUAAACCGAUUAAAAAGGACUAAAGAAGAUUAUGGAGUGCUUACUCAAAACUGCAAGCCUGUGAAGAGGCCACGAAGGAGUCAGGAUGGCCCCUAAUGGGUCCAUAGCCCACCUCACGAUACCUGCAAUGCUAUGCAUUUGCAGGCUGGUUCUGACCUUAUAUGUUUGUGCUGAGUGCAGUACUGAUACUCAUGGACAGAACCUUUUUACGCAUCAUGGCAUGACUGCGAUGUCUCAGAACCCAAAAGAGAAAGGCUCACACAAGACUAGGUAUAAGAGCACGGAUCACUGAAGAGGCUAUAAACUUGCAUUAAAUGGCAUUCCAACAGACAAAAUACACACAUGACCACUGGUAUUCAACAUCUAACCUCCAUCACAUACAGUGGGAGCUAGAAGUCUAAGAUCACACUGAAAUGCUGGGAAAUUGUUUCAACUAAUUUUUGUUCUUGUUUAAAGGUAAGGAAAUUUGUGAUAUUGAACAUGUUAACUGCUUUGUACAAAGGUUCAGAUAUUCCUUAUUUUUAAUCCCUCCUUUGAAGCAUGUUUUCAUAUGAAACUGGGGGAUUUGAUCUAUCUUGAGUGCACACUAUCAUUAAAGCAAGAUAUUGGCAGAGAAAAUACUAAGAAACAAUGAAUUUCCUGUACUGUACAUAUUUAAAAGCUUUUAUUUUUCAUUCAAGCCAUUGUCAGUAAUAUAAUUUGAAAUGAAAAGAGGGCAAAAUAGAAGCAGUUGCUCUCAGACUUUUGGACCCCACUGUAUAUCUGAGCCUUGAAAGGCAUUUGUAUACUGUAAAGAUGUGAUGAUAAGAAUAAAAGUUGGUACUGUAUAUCAUGAUUUCAAUAAUUUGUUUUGUUUUAGCGGCUUGGGAUGAUUUCAAUAUCAGUCUUGAGAUAGACAUUGUGGGGAGGUUUAUCAGCAUGUUUGAGUUUAGACAAAUAACUACAUUUGAUAGCUGGACUCCACAAAUUCUGUAUUGCCUGUAUUGCCAUCAUAUUUUUCCUAAUCUGUUGACACAAAAUGCAUCCUUCCCUAUGGGAACAUGGACUAAUGAUUAUACGGAUAACUGAAAGGCCGUAACUUUUUUUGCACACUCCCUGUUGAAAGAAUAAAAUGUCUGAAAGUC